AAUUUCCUCGUUACAUAUAAACAUACUUGUAUCCGUUACUAGUUUCCUUUGUAUUAUUAUCAGCUAAGCAUCUAUAUAUAACUCGGAUACAUGUUUCUGUUAUAUUUGAAACAUGAAAAGAUACAUGAAGACUCACAUCUGACAUCCUGCAAAAUUCUAACAAGGAUAAUAGGAGACAAAUCGGAUUGGAACACAUGUCGUGAUUGGAGAAAAUGGAUGGAAUCACGGAUGGCAAUUGUAAAAAUAGGAUUUCAGAACAGAUUGCACGAGCACGAUUUAGAAAUAGUAAUAUGCGCAAAAUCGUGUUUUAAAUGUUAUCGACAGGAAAACAUAAAGCCAUGCGUCAUUUGCUAUUCAGCAAAUUAUUGUGAUGAUCACCAAAUGCUAUUUAAUUUAGAACAUAAGAAUAACUGUAAAGAACUGUUACUAUCACUGAACAUUAAUAUCGCCUGUAUAAAAGGUAAUAUUUUGCGUUUAUGCCUAGCUAAAUUGGAGUUUAGCAAAUUCCCUGAUGCUAGACCUUAUCAUAACAUGAUUACAUUUAUUAACAGGUAUUUAGUCAUGGAAGAUCUAGAUAAUAAUAAAAAAAAAUUUUACUCCCCUAUCCAAAGUUUCUGGACAUUAGAACAUUAUGUGUGUUCGGAUUUUGUAACCGGUCCUCUGACAUUAUACUACGCGUUACAAGAAUCAAAAUUGUUAUUUCUCCCGAGUAAUGAUUAUAAAUUUAUUGUCCAUAUUAUAGAUGCAACUAAAACAGAUGUAAUGUGUUUAGCAGUUUGGCAUAUUUUCCUACAUAUCUUUUCUAAUAUAAAAGAAUUAUAUAUUGUAUUUAUAAAAUCGCCAAAAUUCGAUUCGUGUGAACUAGGGACUAUUUGUCCAAGGUGCCGUAAAUAUAAUCAGAAACUUUAUGUUGAAAAUGUAUCAGAACCGUACCACAGAUAUGCGGGCUUAAAGUCAUUUAAACAACCUAAUGUGAUCAUAAUACUGGACAUGAAUUUGUAUUCGGUAGGAACCUGGUGUGAAUCUAUAUCAACACUAAUAGCACAAAAAUGUCCGUUACUUUUUACCGCUUUUAUGGAAAAUAAAAUAAAAUACGUUAUAAAAAAGAUGCAAGACAUAACAGGUGCAACAAGAAAUCAACUGUACAGAAAAAAUAAAUUCCGCAGUUAUAGGCCAUAUAGAAACUGUGUGAUUGGUGGAGUGUAUUACCGAAACGCGCAUUUUACUAUGUAUUCAUGAAUUUAAAUCAUUUAACCCAACCAAUCACAGGCUGAAGAUCAGGAGUUAUUUUAUCAUAGUUUUCAAUUCAGUAUAGUAUAGUGUUGUAGAUCAUCCGUGUCCUUUAGGUAAUGAGUGAUAAAAUAUUUGCAAUAUAUUUUAUAUAAAUUAUAAUCCUUAUGCUUACCCUUUAAACAAUAUACGUAACUCAUUGAAUGUUUUACGAUUUUUAUGUUUUAAACUGUCAAAGUACAUUAAAAAGUAUAAAAAUAAUAAUUUAAAACUAUUAGUAUCUUCCGAGAUUUUAUCUGAUAUUAUAAAUUAAAUACAAGUUUAAUCAAAGUCGCCAAUAAAAUCUAGAUUUUUUAAUAUCAUGCAUGCAUUAGUAAAAAUAUAUUAGGUAUCUUCUCCAUUUUUCUGUAUAAUUGUAGCACAUGUACAUUUUGUCUCAAUAUUUUUGAAUAUUUUGCCAAUGCAUUUCUAAAGAUAACCAAUAAUCAUAUAAGAAGUCUCAAAUUCUAGGAAUUAGUAAAAAUCCCGAUACUGGACAGUACUUGGAUAUUUAAUUACUUCGUUUUUUACUGUUCGUGUAAUUUUUGUUUUUUAUGUAUGGUAGCUGAAUAAUUGGAUUACAUUCUUUAUUCUUUACGUAGUACCAGAAUCCAUAACUCAUUACAUUGACAUUACAAUAUAAAUUGCCAAAACAAUAUCGACACAUACAGAAACAUAUCCGAAACUAUUAUUGGAGCCAUCGAUUAUUAUAUAUUAUUCGUAACUGUAAACGUAGCUGCAAACAAAAUUUGAAUUUUUAAUAGUUUUAUUUGCAAAUAUAUUAUAUUUUCUCCCUUCUUCUCUUAAAUAUAUAACAUAUGCUCAGUUUGUUUCAAUAUGAACACAUCUCCUAUGUGCGCUUGAACGUAACAAAUUAUCCAAUGACAAAACUUAACUUUAGGUAAUUACAUAAAAACUCCAAUAUAAAAUCGGAACAUAAGUUUCGGUCUACAACCUCGCUUUAAGCUUUAAAUCAUAAGCAACUACUAAAUGACUAAUCACAAUCGAUAAUUCUUGAGACGUAAGGAAAAUAACUGACUAUUGUUGGUCAGUUGCUUAAGACUUAAAGCUUAAAGCGGGGUUGUAGGUGCUAAUGCGUCGUCUACAAUGGCAGUAAAAGUAGUAAUAAGAAGCAGUAAUAGUAGCAAGAAAUAAACAGUAAGUAAAUAGACCAAUCACAAUCGAUUAUUUUUUAAUCGUGAGAAAAGAAUAGGUCUAUUUGCUCACAGCUUAUUUCUUACUACUACUCCUACUGCCAAUAUAGACGAAGCAUAUAAAGACACCUUAAAGAUGUCCCUUAGACGUCGGCAUAUCAAACUCAUGUCCCGAUUUUAGACGUUGUGCGAAGCAGUUCUUUUGUAAUAUUGGCUAUAUCUUCAAAUAUAUUGGAGAAACCGAGUUCAUAUUCUAUUAAAUCAAAAUAUACUCAUAGUAGUAUAAUGAUUGUACCAAAUAUGUUUCCUUGCUUUCUUUUCCAACAAAUUAAUAAUAAAAAUUGUAUGUGCAAUAACUCAAUCAUUAUAAUAUCUAUGCUAUGCUAUAACUUUACAAUUUUCCGCAGAGUAUCAUUUAUAUCAUUAUGUAGUAAGUUGCGACGAAAGUUGUUAAUUCUAUCUAUAUAUUAUAAAUAUCUAAAAGACAUCUUAGAGACGUCUGAACGAUAUUAUAUUUAUUGUAGACAUCUUCAUAAUGUCUUUAAGAUGUGUUUUAGAUAUUGGUGUUGCUUGCAUAUUUUCUUUUACGCUUGAAAAAAAUUUAUUUCUAUUAACAACACAGCUGCCUUACAUCUUAAUAUGUAUAUUUUCUUCGUAAUUAUUACUUAAUUAUAUAAAAAUGUUUACAUGAAUAUUGAUAAUCGCAUAUUUAUCUCCAUAUAUUUAACUGAGAGAAUUUUUUGUAUGUUUUCCAAACAAAAUAUUUUUUGCAAAAAGCAACAAAUUUUAUAAGAUAUUUUGUAAUGUAUGCUUUUUAGUGAGACUUACAAAUAUUAUUUUUAAAACGUAUCCGUGCUAUACGAGUUAUAAUUAUUUCAUUGUUCUUCUA